ACAACAGCACAGCGGCAAGAGCAAAACAUCGCAACAUCGCAGCAGCAGUGGCAGCAGCAGCAGCAACAGCAACAUCACUGUGGCAACCGCAACAGCGCAGCAGCAACAUCAGCAGCACGUGUGCCCUGUGCCCCAAAGUGCGUUUCCAUUUGCAAAGAGCAGAGUUUUUCUUUUUUUACAAGUGUUACUUUUUGUUGGUGUGUGCACCCAAAGUGCUCGAGAAAACCAGCAGAGAUAAAUACAUAAAACGCCGAGAAAUUCAAGAGAAAAGGCAGAAAAAAGUUAAGGCUAAAAAGCAAUUAAAACAAAUUGUGCCGUAAGUCAAGUCGGUGGGCUUACAGCCCAGUCCCCCGCAAAAAAAAACAAAGAAAACUGAAAAAAAAAACUCCGAAAUACACAAGGAACCACCGCAGGAUCCACAGGACACAGUACCGCCCACCGAUCCCAAAAGAAGCGUACGCGAAAAACGUGAAAUAAAAGGAAACCAUGUCCCAGGAGAGUAAUGGUGGCCCAGCAGCAUCGGGAGGAGGUGGCGGAGGAGUAGGAGGCGGUGGAGCUGGAGCAGCAGCACCUCCACAAUACAUAAUAACCACACCCAGCGAGGUGGAUCCCGACGAAGUGCGCUCCAUGGCCGAUUUGGAGCUGGGAUCCCCCGAAAAGCAGGUGCAGGUACAGAGCCAAAAGUUCUCCAGCACGUCGAGCACCACCAAGGUGGCCACGCACUCCUUUUCGAUGAGCAGUAGUGCCGGCACCACUGUGCAACAAAGCAAACAGGACAGCGCCCAGCAAAUCCAGCAAAUCCAGCAGAUUCAACAGCUCCAGCAACUCCAGCAGCAGCAGCAGUCCCAGAGAAUCAUAUCCAGCUCGACGAGGAGCCAGAGCCUGCAGUCCAGCACGAUUGUGGGCGAGGCCACCACCAUUUCGAGCGGAGCCGCCCAGAUGCUGAGCUCCUCGGCGGCGGCUUCGCUGGCCCAGCAGCUGAAGGCCCAGAGCUCCACCUCGAUCAUCACCAGCAGCGAGCAGAGGACCAGCACGAGCACCAGCAGCAGCAGCAGCACCCGCUACAUAGCCAGCGGCUCCAGCAACCUGGCCGGCGGCAACUCAAACUCGGCCAGCUCGGCCAGCAGCAAGACUCGCUUCCAGAGUUUCCUCCAGCAGCCGGAGGGCGCCCACGGCUUUCUGACGGCCCACCAGAAGCACGUCCGCCAGUUUGUGCGCUCCACAUCGGCGCACUCGGAGGCGGCAGCCGGAGUGGCUGGAGCACGGCCUGAGAAGUGCAUCCGGAGCGCCUCCACGCAGAUCGAUGAUGCCAGUGUGGUUGGCGGCGUGGAAUCGGCCGGCAACUUGACUGACAGCUCCGCCACCGGUGGAUCCAUGCAGCUGUCGAUGAGCAAGCUGGGCCUGCAGCAGUCCUCCUCCAUUCUGAUCUCCAAGUCGGCGGAAACGAUCGAGAUGAAGAGCUCGUCGGCGGGCAUGCGCACCCAGUUGACCUUGAGCGGUGGCUUCUUGGCGCCGCCGGGCAGUCGCAAAAUUACCAUCUUGAGUCCCAUACACGCGCCGCCCGGUCUGCAUGACAUGCUCAAGCGGGCCCAAGGACGAUCGCCACUCUCGCCCAGAAUCAGCUUCCCCGGCAGCGAUUCGGACCUCUUUGGCUUCGAUGUAGAAAAUGGCCAGGGCGCUCGAUCACCGCUCGAGGGCGGCUCUCCCAGCGCCGGUUUGGUACUACAGAAUUUGCCGCAGCGCCGCGAAUCGUUUCUAUAUCGCUCCGAUUCGGACUUUGAGAUGUCGCCCAAGUCCAUGUCCCGAAACUCAAGCAUCGCUAGCGAAAGGUUUAAAGAACAGGAAGCCUCUAUACUCGUUGACCGAUCCCAUGGCGAGGAUCUCAUUGUGACGCCUUUCGCCCAAAUUUUAGCCAGCUUACGUUCAGUGCGCAACAAUUUAUUAAGUCUGACAAAUGUUCCAGCAUCAAACAAAUCCAGGCGGCCCAACCAAUCCUCGUCGGCCUCGCGAUCGGGAAACCCCCAAGGAGCCCCGCUGUCCCAGGGCGAGGAGGCCUACACCCGCCUGGCCACCGACACCAUCGAGGAGCUGGACUGGUGCCUCGACCAGCUGGAGACCAUCCAGACCCAUCGCAGCGUCUCCGACAUGGCCUCGCUCAAGUUCAAACGCAUGCUCAACAAGGAGCUGUCGCACUUCAGCGAGUCCAGCAGAUCGGGAAAUCAGAUUUCCGAAUAUAUAUGUUCCACUUUUUUGGACAAGCAGCAGGAGUUCGACUUGCCGUCGCUGCGCGUGGAGGAUAACCCGGAGCUGGUGGCCGCCAACGCAGCCGCUGGUCAGCAGUCCGCCGGACAGUAUGCGCGCUCCCGCUCGCCGCGCGGCCCGCCCAUGUCGCAGAUCAGCGGCGUGAAGAGGCCACUGUCGCACACGAACAGCUUCACCGGCGAACGGCUGCCCACCUUCGGUGUGGAGACACCCAGGGAAAAUGAGCUGGGCACCCUGCUCGGCGAACUGGACACCUGGGGCAUUCAGAUAUUCAGCAUCGGCGAGUUCAGCGUCAAUCGACCGCUCACCUGUGUGGCAUACACCAUAUUUCAGAGUAGAGAAUUACUGACCAGUCUUAUGAUACCACCGAAAACUUUUCUUAACUUUAUGUCUACUCUGGAGGACCACUACGUCAAAGACAAUCCGUUUCACAAUUCGCUGCAUGCCGCCGACGUGACCCAAAGCACCAACGUGCUACUCAAUACACCGGCGCUGGAGGGCGUAUUCACACCGCUCGAAGUGGGCGGGGCGCUGUUCGCCGCUUGCAUCCACGAUGUUGAUCAUCCCGGCUUAACCAAUCAGUUCUUGGUUAACUCAAGUUCCGAACUAGCAUUAAUGUACAAUGACGAAUCUGUUUUGGAAAAUCAUCAUUUAGCUGUUGCCUUUAAAUUAUUACAAAAUCAAGGAUGUGAUAUAUUCUGUAAUAUGCAAAAGAAACAACGCCAAACAUUGAGGAAAAUGGUUAUUGAUAUUGUGCUGUCCACGGACAUGUCCAAGCACAUGAGUCUGCUGGCCGACCUGAAGACAAUGGUGGAAACCAAGAAGGUGGCCGGUUCCGGCGUACUGCUGUUGGACAACUACACCGACCGCAUACAGGUGCUUGAGAAUCUGGUGCACUGCGCCGAUCUGAGCAAUCCCACCAAGCCGCUGCCGCUUUACAAGCGCUGGGUAGCCCUGCUCAUGGAGGAGUUCUUCCUGCAGGGCGACAAGGAGCGCGAAUCGGGCAUGGACAUCAGUCCCAUGUGCGAUCGCCACAAUGCCACCAUCGAGAAGUCGCAGGUGGGCUUCAUCGACUACAUCGUCCACCCACUUUGGGAGACCUGGGCGGACCUGGUGCACCCGGAUGCCCAGGAUAUACUCGACACGCUUGAAGAGAACAGAGACUACUACCAGAGCAUGAUACCGCCUUCGCCGCCGCCAUCGGGCGUCGAUGAGAAUCCGCAGGAGGACAGGAUACGCUUUCAAGUAACCCUUGAGGAGUCCGACCAGGAAAACCUCGCCGAGCUGGAGGAGGGCGACGAGAGUGGUGGCGAGAGCACCACCACUGGCACCACCGGAACCACCGCCGCCUCCGCGCUAAGCGGGGCUGGUGGCGGUGGCGGUGCAGGCGGGGGAGUGGCACCUAGAACGGGUGGCUGCCAAAACCAACCGCAACACGGUGGAAUGUGACGGAGAGUCGUGGGAAUUUAUCGCAAAUUACAGGAAAAGGCUCACAACUUUUUCCUAUUACGUUAGUGACUACUAUUAACACAAAAAAAAACCAAACAAAAACCUAAAACGAAAAACAAACAAAAAAACAAAGAAAAACUCUUGGAAAAAUGCAAAAAAAAAAAUACAAAAAAAACCCAAGUAAGGAAAUAUUAAACCAAUGUUUAAAUGCAUACAAAAAUCCAAACAGCAAUAGCAAAACUACCAUUAAACCUUUAAAGUCUAGAGAAAAUCGACAAAGGAAAUUAGAAGUUUACUUAAUGGAACCCGAGAUUGAUGUUGAAAAUACACUGAAAAAGGAGGAGGAGGCAGAGCUAACUAAGAAAAAUCAAUAAGUACAUAUUGUUAAACACAUAGACACACUAAAUUCAAGACAAAGCAAAGAUAAUGAGAAAAAAAUUGAUAAGUAAUAAUAAGACGAUACCAAAACUCCCGCCCCAAACCCUAAGAAACCCUCUCUUACCCCUCCCCUUUAUAUAUACAAUUUUUGUUGCAUGUGUAGGUAAAUGAUUUUUGUCAAAUUCAUCUGAAGUAGUAUAUCAAUCAGAGGAAGCCCCUUAGCAGAGUCUCCUCUUUUAAUCCAUUGACUAAAGUGAAAUAUUUAACGCAGAGAAUCAGGCAAACGAAAAGGAAUAAUUAAUACGACCUAGCUUAAGAGAAGUUAUUAAGUUUUUAAUGUUUUGCAUGCCCCAAACAGAUUUAUUUUACUUGAUUGAUAACGCUAGAUCUAACUGAUAAACUGAUAACAGCAGCACAUGGAGUUUUUUAUAAUUUAGACCACAGCGAUAGAAGCGAAAGAAAAUCAACCAUGUAAAGUGUAAGAACCCAGUGAAUUAAACCAAAAUUGAAAGCCAA